AUGGCCCGCGAUGUCACAGACACAUUCAAGCCCGGGGCCAGCUCCCCCUCGGGCAAAUCACCGUCAACUUCAACGUCCAAGUCGGCCCUCGCCGCGGUGGAUCCGGAUCCGGAUCUGGAUCUCGAUCCCGCUCCCGAUCUGGUGCAAGAGCUGGACCAUUUUCGACGCGAGUGGCUGCAUGAAUCCCAGCUCAAGCUGGAACAACAGCAGCAGCACGCUGAACACGAUGACCAUAGCCAGCCGUCCCAGGGGAAGGCUAACCCAUCUCCUGCCAGUGGGCUGAAGGUUGGUUCAGCAUCGUCCCAAGUGUCCCAAGUGUCGUCAUCGGCAGUCGACCACGACCACGGCGCGCAAGCACGAUCACCCUCGCUACAACGCUCACCUCCGGGACGGCCCCACGUCACCCUCGCACCUUCCACGUCGGCGACGAGUCUCACCCAACGUAUGCACCACUUGGAGCUGCACGACCUCUCCGCCACCGACGGCGACCUCAAGGCCCACUUGCCCAAGCCAAAACCCAAGCCAGCGACCGCGAUAGAGCUGUACGAUGCAGCCGUCGUGAGUGAACGGGAAGGAAGGUUGAACGAUGGUGAGAGCGAUGCAGUUCCCGACACACUGUGGCUGUUGGUGUCCUGACAGACCUCGUCUACUGCGUUCGCGUAUCGCAGCGUUGGUCAAUUAUCGAGCUGCGUUCAAAAUCGACGCCGAGAUCGACCGCACGUACCAUCGGCUCACCUCACGCGCAUCCCAAGAAUCACGAUCAUCUACAUCAACGAGCAACGUAGGUCCCCACAGCCCCGCCGACUUCAAGUUCGAGCGUACCAUCCAACUUGCCCCGGACUAUUCUGCCGAUCGAGAAUUCCGCACCGCUCAGACUGGCGCCUCGCACCCCCACGACCUCCAUCCGUCCUCGACGGCCUUUCUGUACGACUCGCUCGCUCGAUCCUUUGCAGAGAACGCCUACGAUCCCUCCAAGGCCGAGCACGUACACGCCAAGGCCACGGAAAGCGAGAUCGACGUCGCCCUCGAGCGCAUCGCCUUCCAUCCCGAUGACCCUGAGGCCCCAUCUCCGCUCGGCUCCCUACCCCGCGAAGUCUUGCUGCUCGUCCUACACCACCUCGUACUUUCGUCGGUCAUCCCUCCGGCACAACAUACACCCGUCAACAGCGAGGACCCAGCCAAAUUAGCGGCACGCAAAAAAGGACCUCGCAAGUUGACCCUGGCGGAGCACACCCGCAACCUCGAAGUCGCCUUUGACGUCCCCUAUACCCAUCUGCACCGACCCUGGAGGACCGACGUCGAAGCCUUGGAACGGUUCGCGCGCACCUGUCGCCUAGCGCGCAUCUUGACCCUGGAUGCGGGUCUAUGGCGCGACCUAUGUCGUCGCGUCUACGUUGCCCCUUACCAAACGCGGGAGGAGGCGAAUCAGAUCGUCGCGCAGCACGGCACGGACUGGCGCAGGUGUUUCAUCGAGCAUCCUUGCAUCCGCUUCGACGGCGCCUUCAUCAGCGUCGUCACCUACCUCCGACGAGGUGAGAACUCGUCCUGGUACUCGCCGACCCAUCUCAUCACCUUUUAUCGCUACCUGAGGUUCUACCCUAAUGGGCUCGUCGUGUCGUUGUUGACCGUCGAUCCGCCGGCGGCCGUCGUCCGGAUCCUCAACCCUGCGCUCCGCGUCAAGGGCUUAACGUUCGGGCGAUGGGAGUUGAGGGGCGAUCACGUCGACCUGUGGGAGUUGAUCGACCCCAGCGUCGAGGAAACGAGUCGCAAGUACUCCUUCAGGAUGGAGCUCAAGCUCCGAAGCACCAACCGAGGCUGGAUGUAGGUCAUGCCCUCCGAAGAAUCGCGAGACGGUCCAGUUCUGAUCUGCAUGUCUUUUGAGUACACAGGAACAAGUUGGACAUGAUUUCGCUGGCCACUGAACGUCGACUAUCGGGGGAAGUCGAGCCCGUCCCGAUCAAACCGACCAAACCCUACUACGUACGUCUGCCAGACCUUUGCGUCCCAAUGUGCUGCGCUCGGUGCUGAUUAGUUCCCGAGUCUCUGUUGACCCCCUUGUAGUUCUCCAAAGUUGUGA